AUGUCCACAGGACCUCCUUCUCCAUCAAGACAUUUAACCUCUUCUGGCAAAACCUCUAGUAGCAAUAGUAGUAGUCCAAACAAGCCUUACAUGAGUUCAUACAACCCUUCCAUUCCACCAUUACAAGACAGCAUUUCUUCUCCUCUUCCUCCUUUCUCACGUACACCUGCUGAUUCGUUUCAUAUACCAACACCUAAUGUAUUACCUCCUCUAACAACAAACGCGAAUGGCUUCAACAACGUCACAAAUAAUAAUAAUAACAAUGCUGAUAAUAAUAGCAAUCGCCAAAAUGCCAGUAAUCAGGGCUACAGACCACUGAAUGUCAAGGAUGCUCUAAGCUAUCUUGAUCAAGUCAAGGUCAGAUUUUCUGAUCAACCUGAAGUCUAUAAUCGAUUUUUAGAUAUCAUGAAGGAGUUUAAAAGCCAAGCUAUUGAUACACCGGGUGUUAUCGAGCGAGUAUCUACCCUAUUCCGAGGACACCCGACUUUGAUAUCUGGAUUCAACACAUUUUUACCUCCAGGAUAUCGUAUCGAGUGCUCAGUUGAUGAUCAUGCAAGAGAUGUGAUCAAGGUGACGACGCCAGCUGGAACAACGACCAGUACAAGCAACGAUUCACCAUAUUAUUAUCAAAGAGAGCCUACUUAUUCUUAUUCUCAUCAACAGCAGACAAUUGAUGAAGCAGCGCGUAGACCACCUAUCGAGUUCAACCAUGCCAUCAACUAUGUCAAUAAAAUCAAAAACAGAUUUGCAAACGAUCCAGAUGUCUACAAACGAUUCUUGGAAAUUCUUCAAACCUAUCAAAAGGAACAGAAACCAAUUACAGAAGUUUAUAGCCAAGUUCAGAUUCUAUUCAAUGGUGCUACUGACUUACUGAACGAAUUUAAACAAUUCUUACCGGAUACAACAGCAUCAACCGCAGGAGGAAGUUCGUCUUCAAAAAAGCAGUCAAAGAGAAGAGCGCUCGUUCACUCACCAAAACAAAAGAAGAGCAAGAUUAGCCAUCAUCAUUCACGCGACCAGCAUACAUCAGAUGUUAGAUCCACUACUUCUUAUUACUAUGAACCAGUUCUUUCAGCUGAAGAGGCCGAGUUCUUUGAAAAAGUCAGAAAACACAUUGGAAAUAAGACGACCUACUACUCGUUUUUAAAAGUACUCAAUUUAUUUUGUCAGCAAAUACUUGAUCAAAAUGGAUUGGUCGAACGUUGUGAAAGUUUCUUGGGAGGAAACAAAGAGCUUUUCAAUCAGUUGAAGGUACUCGUAGGUUAUUGUGGACAAGAUAAAGUGAUUGAAAAUAUACCGGCUGUAUCUCAUAAACCAGAACUCCUAAGUUCUCCAGACUGUGGCCCAAGUUAUCGUAUGGUGCCAGAAUCUUGGCAAGCUCAACAACGCUGCUCAGGAAGGGAUGCUCUUUGUAAAGAGGUAUUAAAUGAUCAGUAUGUAUCUCAUCCCACUUGGGCCAGUGAGGAUGGAGGUUUUAUUGCAUCAAAAAAGAAUAUCUUUGAGGAAGCGCUUCAUCGCGUAGAGGAAGAGAGAUAUGAUUAUGAUAUCAAUAUUGAAGCAAAUCUAAAUACGAUAUCCUUACUGGAGCCAUUGGCUAAGCGAAUCAGUGCCAUGCCUGAAGAAGAAAAAAAGAACUUCAAGCUGCCAGUUGGCUUGGGCGGACCAUCCAAGACUAUUUAUCAGCGUAUUAUCAAAAAGAUUUACGGAAAGGAACAGGGCACAGAGGUUAUUGAGAUGCUUCACAGACAUCCUGCCCAGGCAGUACCUGUCGUUUUGAAACGACUAAAACAAAAGGAUGAGGAGUGGAGAAAGGCACAGCGUGAGUGGAAUAAAGUAUGGCGCGAGAUAGAAGUCAAGAACUAUUACAAGGCACUAGACUAUCAAGGUGUCAACUUUAAGACAAAUGACCGUAAAGCCAUGUCAGUGAAAUCACUUGUAACUGAAAUAGAGGUGAUCCGCUUAGAUCAAGAGCAAGAGUACAGCGUUAGGCCACAGUUUUUAUUCGAAUUUAAGGAUAAGCUACUCUUCAAGGACGUCACUCGAGUGCUCUUUAGCUAUUUUGAAAGACAGUCGAUCUAUGGUUCUGCUGACUGCGAAGUCAUGAAGGCGUUUGUUGAAAUGUUUUUGCCUGUCUUCUUUGAUGCUCCUGAUGUGACAUCUGACAAGGAUGAAAAAAGACGCGAAGAAGUAAAGGAAGAGCUGAUAGAGGAUGAGGACAUUGAAGACGAUAUGACUGAGGACGAAGAAGAUGAGAUGAGAAGGCCCUAUACAAGACAUAAAGAAAAUUCCCCUGAGACAGCUAGCACACCUGAACCAAGUGGAAUGGAUAUAAGCCAGACAAUUUCAGAUGCUGUUACAAAGAGUGCUCCUGAAAAGGAAGACGAGCCUACUGCAAGGCAUAAUGUAUAUACAUUUUUUGGUAACACUACUUUCUAUUGCUUCUUCCGCUUAUUUCAAAUGGCCUAUGACCGUUUGGGUAAGAUGAAGCGAUUAGAUCAAGAGUACCAGUUAAAUAAAUCAAAGCAUUUGAGCAAGGCUGCUAUUGGAUUAGGUGCAGACAACAAGAUAUUUCAGAGCUUGAAUUUGGAUGUGAAGCAAGGAUAUUACAAGACGCUACUAAAACUCAUUGAUAAGUUCUUUGACGAUGAAUUAGAUCAACAAACAUUUGAAGAAUGCUCAAGAUAUAUAUUUGGUACAAGGGCUUAUAUCCUCUUUAGCAUUGAUAAACUGAUGCAAUCUAUUGUUCGUCAGCUUCACCACAUUGUGUCAGAUCCUAAAGCACAAACGUUAUUGUCUUGUUUUAAAGAACAUCAUGAAUAUGAAAAACAUACAGCAGAAUUAACGAAAGCCUAUCGAAUGCAAGUGACAGAAAUACUAGGAAAUGAAGAUGAGGUUUAUAAUUUAUCCUUUAAUACUGUGGAUCGAACCAUGUCUAUUCAGUUAUUGGAUAAAAAUGAUGACAUAUUUGAAUUGGACGAUGAAGACAGGUACAAUGAAUAUGUCAGUAACUACAUUGACUGGGAGCACGACACGCCCAAUGUAAAUAGAAAAUUAUUGAAUCCUUCCUACUUGAAAAGAAAUAUUCGUCAUCCAUCCCAUUCUCAUAGGAUGAGAUCGAAUAUGCAAUACAAGAUAUGCAGAAACACCUAUCAUCUAUUCUAUGUGAUAGGAACUGAAGAUUCUCUUGUUGCUAAAAAGAAUACGACGCGUUGUAAUGAAGCAGAAAUCAAAAGCAAUCGUUUCAAGUCUUGGCUGGAGAAGAAGCAAAUUGAGUCAGCAGAAACAUGA